ACUACUGUUGAAAAAUCAGCUGAUCCAGAUGUGCAAGUAGAUGAGUGCAUUGACUUGGAAGUUAUGACAGUAGCAAUGGAGCCUGAUCCAAAUGCAGCUAAGUGGGUAAUACCACUGAUGUUAUCAGUAUUGGAUAGGGCAAUCUUGGUUAGUCCAACAGGGAAGUUGAAUGACAACCUUAUCCAUGGCGCAUUGCGGCUAAUUAUGAAUCAGUAUCCCAGCGUACUUUGUCAGUCGCCUAUGAGACAGAAGCUGAAAGGCAGAGGAUAUGAAUGUUAUCUAGACAAGGGAGAUAAAAUAAAUCGUUUUGUUCAGAUAAUACAUGACAAACAAAGGGACCACUGGUUCUGUGCCUAUCUGAAAGGUUCCAAAGUCAUGGUAGUGGACAGCAUUAGAACGACACAUUUAAGCGAUACUUCAUCUUUGUUUCUUCAGCAACUAGCUCGAAUGGACAAAAGCAUGUUAAAUCAGAACAUAGUGUUCCAGAGAUGCCAGCAGCAAACUGAUGUCUACAGUUGUGGGCUUUACGCUAUUGCAUAUGCCUUUGCAGCUGCCAGAAGCGAUGACAUCCCUCAAAUGAGGUUUACUCAGAGUCAAAUGAGAAGACAUCUCAAAGGUUGUCUUGAAAACUUGAAACUGGCACCUUUUCUGUAGCACUUUUUGUUCAGUCAUUAAAAUGUAACAAACUAUCAUAUAGUGGUAAUCUUAUUAUAUCAUUACUUGCCAUGUUUGAAUCAGAUUUUGCAUUACACCAGGAAAAGAUAGCCUAAAAAAGUUUGGACUACAGUACAUUUGGAUGAUUGUAAUAUGUCGGGCGUAUGACACAGGUCCUGUUGUUAUGGUUGUUUAUGGCAAUGUAAAUGAUUCUGCACAGCCCCUAAACACAAUACUCAGUAUUACAAUUACUAAUUUUAUAACUUGUAAGAAAAACUUUUUCUAUUUCUGGAAUGUAGUUACGGCAGUUUUGUUUAAAAGCAGUAAACAAUAACUAUAAUAAAUGUAAACUUCAGCAAUCAUGUUGUAAUAAAGUUGUAAUUUUCAUUUAUUAGGCCCAUCAUCCCUCCAUUAAAAUAAAUUGUUCAUGUAAAAUUGUUUUAAUUUCCUUAUUGAACAAUACAUUAAACCCCAGCUUCUCA